UGCUCGGUGAAAGCGGGUGGACUGCAGGUUCUCGGACACGGAGAUGAUCUCUGGAGCGGACGGAAAUGCGGAGUGACCCCAUGGCGCUCGGCCACGGCUCCAAGAAGUCGGUUUCAUGUGAGCAGGGAGUCGCACCUGCAGUCCUCAACAACGGGGUCGGACCCAGUAAUCAGGCGGCGGCUUCGCCCCCCAGGAGGACGCGGCCCUGCAAGUGUCUGCUGGCCUUCCUCCUCAUCCUCAUCGUCACACUGACAGUGACGGGCGUCACGCUGGCCUGGUACUUCCUCGAGUACCGGGUUUGGAGGCUGGAGCCUCGUGUCCAGCAGCAGUACACGGCCUACGUGUCCAUCCUGGACAGGAACUUCUCGGCCGGCCUGUCGUCUCACAGCAGUCCGGCCUUCCAGAGGGAAGCCAGAGGAGUGCAGGGCGUGGUCGAGAAAGUCAUGAAGGGCUCGCAGCUCUCUCGAUAUUUCAACUCCACCACAGUGUUCGCCUUCGGCAAGGGGAGCGUGGUGGUUCACUUCUGGGUGCUGAUGUCCGUCCCCGGCAGCCACGCCGGCAGGGUCACGCUGCAGAAGGUGGCGUCCAGCCUGCAGGGCGGCCUGAGAGGCCUCGGCCGGCCGGAGGGGGAGGAGACGGCGAGCGUCGGGGGAUACCUCCUCCACCUCGCCACGCUGACCGUCAGCGAAACUGAUGCAAAAGUUGUAGAACUGUUGAAAGCCUCAUUCGACUGCUACCGCUACCAGAGGGUGGCGUCCGGCAGCCCCGUGGCGCUGUGCGGCCCCGACACGCGGCGCUCGUCCUGCAUGUGGCAUCUCCAGGCCGCCGCCGGCUCCCAGCUGGAGCUGCACAUGGAGUGGCUGCUGCCCGAGUGUCGCGACAGGCUGGUGGUGUACGACUCCAUCACCCCCUCCGACGACCACCUCAUCACGUCUGUGUACGGCUGCAGCAGACACGAGCACGUGGUUCGAGUCCUGUCGUCAGGCGAGUGGAUGACCGUCGUUUGGAAACAGGGUCUGCACAAUUACAAAGACCCCUUCUCCCUGUCUGCUCAGGCCUGGGAUCACCCGGACUGUAACGCCACCAUUCAGCUGGAGGCCGUAUCAGGGGUCCAGGGGACGCUCAGGACGCCGUUCUUUCCCAGCUUCUACCCUCCCAACACCAACUGCACCUGGAGCUUCACUACGCCCGGCGCAGGAAUGGGCCUGUCUCUGGAGUUCCAGGGCUACGAGCUGAACAGAGCCGCUUACAACCAGGUCUGCACCCAGGGCCAGUGGCUGAUCCAGAACCGCAGGCUGUGUGGAACCAGGAGCCUGCAGCCCUACAGCGAGCGCCUCUCCCUCCUCUCUUCAACCACCACGGUGACCUUGACCUCUGAGGUGUCGCUCACCGGCCCGGGCCUCCAGCUGCAGUACGGCGUCUUCAACCUGUCCGAUCCGUGUCCAGGCCAGUUCCUCUGCAGCGUCAACGGCCUGUGUGUCCCCGUCUGCGACGGAAUCAAGGACUGCCCCAACGGACUGGAUGAGAGGAACUGCGUGUGUGUGGCGCAGUUCCAGUGUCCAGAGGACAGCCAGUGUGUGGACUACUACAAAGUGUGCGACCAACACCCGGACUGCCCCGAAGCCUCCGAUGAGAUGAACUGCACCGACGGUGUGGAGUGUACGGACAUGACGUAUGUGUGUUCUGAUGGAACGUGUCUGAAGAAGCCGAAUCCCGAGUGCGACUCCGUCACCGACUGUCCAGAUCAGUCAGACGAGACGCGAUGCGACUGCGGCCUCAGGCAGUUCUCCAGCCGCAUCGUGGGCGGGGCCAACGCCUCGGAGGGGGAGUGGCCCUGGCAGGCCAGCCUGCAGGUCCGGGGGAACCACCUGUGUGGGGGGGCUCUCAUCUCCGACCAGUGGGUGGUGUCCGCCGCUCACUGUUUCUAUGACGACCAGCUCUACUCCCCCUCCAUGUGGACGGUGUACCUGGGUAAACUGACGCUCAGGCGCAGCAGCCCCACCGAGGAGGUGGCUCGGGUCCAGCAGAUCGUCCUGCACCACUUCUACGACGAGGAGUCCCACGACUACGACCUGGCCCUGCUGAGGCUGGACCGGCCGGCCGCCGCGCUGCUGGCCGGACACGCCCGGCCCGCCUGCCUGCCGCCGCCCACCCACCAGCUGGAGCCGGGCCUGCUCUGCUGGGUCACCGGCUGGGGGGCGCUGCGUGAGGGAGGCAAAGCCAGUAACAUGCUUCAGAAAGUGGACGUCCGCCUGGUCAGCGAGGAGGCCUGCGUUCGCUCCUACGGCAACCUGGUCACUCCCAGAAUGCUUUGCGCCGGUUAUCGCAGCGGAAAGAAAGACGCCUGUCAGGGAGACUCGGGUGGGCCCUUGGUGUGCCAGGAGCCGUCGGGUCGGUGGUUCCUGGCUGGCGUGGUGAGCUGGGGCCGAGGCUGCGGCCGUCCAGACUACUACGGCGUCUACACCCGCAUCACCAGGCUCACCGGCUGGAUCAAGAAGGUCAUCAGCGGCGCCUAGGACCCCGAGGAGCUCCGUCAUCUUUACGCCCGCUGCUUCACGGCCCAGAUAACGACUUUAAGUGCUUGCUGAUGAUUUGCGGUUGCUUCCUGGUUAAAAGGCUUCGUUCUGAAGUCAUUCUGGGGACGAGGAACCUUUUUUAUGUGACUUCUCUCACGGUGGAUGUUGUAAAGUCGUGUUGAAUUGUGUGCAGCAAAAGGAAAUAUGCCAAACUGAAAACCAAGAAUGAAAGUGGUUAAAAGACUCGACAUGAAUUUCUUUGAUCGAUUGAAAUGUAAUAAAUACUAAAAGCUAAUUCAUUUACUUUCUAAAAAAUGUCUUGUGCUCCGUUGUUUAUCUGCUUUAGAUUCAGCACUGUAGUGAACCUGGAACCUUGAAAACGUCGUGUGAAUGGGGCCUUCGAUCAGAAUGUCCUGAUCAGUCACAUCCAGGAUCUACACUGAUCUGUAAACUUAUUGUCCGCCAGGCGAUGUGAACAAUCAGCCCAUGAGAAGAAGCCAGAUCAGUCCUGCGAGUUUAUCCGUCAACGACGAUGAUACAACAUGAAGUCCUGAGAGACGCCAGGAGCUCCUCCGCUGGACGGAAGCCAAACAAACUGAAGUCUCGGUUGUGUGUUUUAGCCGGCUUGGGGAAGAAAGAGCUGUGCGGGUGUGUGAGCCGACACACUCUCCCUCAGGUGGCUUUACAGGGUGGAAGCCAUGUUUCUGCGAAUCGGCGCCUCCGAGGAGACGCAGCCGUUCUUUUCAGCCCAUUUCAUGAUGAGCAACAACGAUAUUCUCGGGGGUGCCGGGAGCAGGUGGCGGCGCCUGGCACGCCUCCCGCCGGCUGGAUGUUCGUGAGUCACUGUGGCUGGUAAACACAGCGGAGACACAAAGGGUCUGGCCUCGGAGGCCAGAUCCGGAUCCAGGCGGUGAGGCGUCCUCAACUCUCUGCGCUCUCUUCCCUCCUCUCUCUCCCGCUCAUCUUUUUCACUCUGGAAAUUGGCCCCAAUCCUCCGGGGACAUUUCAAUAUUUUGAAGUUCCCAUUUCCAGCGUAAUUGGCCUUUCAUUAGGUUGUAAACCAUAAUGGCGGUUCUGCUCGGUGAAGCACAGCCACAGUGCUGAAGCGGGCCCCGGGGGGCUUCAGUGGCAAUUAAUCAAGACGCUUUUCAAUAAGAUGUGGCGACGAUGAGUGACCUUCACC